GUCUGGGAGAAAGAAAUCCGGCGGCGGGGAGCGAAUGCUGCUUAUAGGCAGGGGGAGGGGCUAGCUGCCCCGCCCCCUCCGCCAGAUUUCCUUAAGGAGGGAGCCACCGGCUCCCGCCCCCAACCGGCCCAGCCGCGUGGAGCGUCUGGGAGCAAGGAGAGGGAGCCAACCUGCCGAGAUGGAGGCGGGCGGCACCUGGACGCUGCUGCUGGUGCUGCUGCUGCUCCUGGUGCUGACGCUGGUGCUGCCCCGGACCUGGACGCGAGGCCACCUGCCCCCCGGGCCCGCGCCGCUGCCACUGCUGGGGAACCUCCUGCAGCUCCGGCCCGGGGCGCUGUACUUGGGGCUCUUGCGGCUGAGUAAGCAGUAUGGACCAGUGUUCACCGUGUACCUGGGACCCUGGCGGCGCGUGGUGGUCCUGGUUGGGCACGAGGCUGUGCGGGAGGCCCUGGGAGAUCAAGCCGAGGAGUUCAGUGGGCGGGGGAUGUUGGCGACACUGGACCAGACCUUUGAUGGCCAUGGGGUCUUCUUCUCCAGUGGGGAGCGGUGGAGGCAGCUGAGGAGAUUCACCAUGCUCACUCUGCGGGACCUGGGCAUGGGGAAGCGAGAAGGCGAGGAGCUGAUCCAGGCAGAGACCCAGUGUCUAGUGGAGGCGCUCCAGAAGACAGAAGCUUCCCUCUGCCUGUUUCCAUCACAACCCUCCUCCCUGCCCCCUGCCCCCCUAGGACGGGCAUUUGACCCCUCCCUGCUGCUGGCGCAGGCCACCUCCAACAUUGUCUGCUCCCUCACCUUCGGCCUCCGUUUCCCCUACGAGGAUAAGGAGUUCCAGGCCUUGGUCCAGGCAGCUGGCAGCACCCUGCUGGCAAUCAGCUCCCCAUGGGGCCAAACCUACGAGAUGUUCUCCCGGCUCCUGCAGCCCCUGCCAGGCCCCCACAAACAGCUCCUCAGACACUUGAGCACCCUGGCUACCUUCGCUGCCCAGCAGGUGCAGCGGCACCGGGGGAACCUGGACUCCUCAGGCCCCGCAGUCGAUGUUGUGGAUGCCUUCCUGCUGAAGAUGGCACAGGAGGAACAGGACCCGAACACGGAAUUCACUGACGAGAACAUGCUGAUGACGGUCACUUAUCUGCUGUUCGCCGGGACGAUGACAGUGAGCACAACAGUCCGCUACACCCUCCUGCUCCUGCUGAAAUACCCUGAGGUCCAAGAACGCGUGCGGGAGGAGCUGACACGGGAGCUGGGAGACGGCCGGGCGCCAGGUCUGGGAGACCGAGCCCGCCUCCCAUACACGGACGCGGUUCUGCAUGAGGCACAGCGGCUGCUGGCACUGGUGCCCAUGGGAAUGCCCCGAGCCCUCACAAGGACCACCUGCUUCCGAGGGUACACCCUGCCCCAGGGCACUGAGGUCUUCCCCCUCCUUGGCUCUGUCCUCCAUGACCCUGAGAUCUUCAAGCAGCCAGAGGAGUUCAACCCAGGCCGGUUCCUAGAUGCGGACGGAAGGUUCAAGAAGCAAGAGGCCUUCCUGCCCUACUCCUUAGGUAAGCGUGUCUGCCUUGGGGAGGGCCUGGCACGAGCAGAGAUCUUCCUCCUGGCCACCGCCAUCCUGCAGGCCUUCUCCCUGGAGAGCGCAAGCCCGCUGGGUGCCCUGAACCUUCAGCCAGCUGUCAGUGGUGUUUUCAACAUUCCCCCGGCCUUCCAGCUGCGAGUCCGGCCCCACUGACCUCCACCCCACUCCACUAUGUGGACCAGAUGAAGGAGGGACCCUUGACAGGUGGUGGCCUCUGCGGUGGGCAUGGACAUGGCUGUUUCUCGAGAGCCACAAGUCUACACCGCAAGCAGCCAAAUGCACCCACCGAUAGCUGUUUUCUAGAGUCGGUCACGCAGAUAUUCAGCCUACACUGUCCACAGGACCACAGGCAUCCGCCCACGCAGCUGUUGAGACAAUCACACACCCAUACACAGCCAUGAGGGCCAUGAGGCAACUUGGCCACACAAGCUUCUUACGGGCAUAAAUUUAGUCUGUCUGGAAUCACAACCACAUGUCCAGAUAACCCAACUCACACACGACUCGCUCCCCUGGACUCGCAACCCACACAUGGAGUUCGGCUGCCACCUUCAUAAGCUACCGAAACAGCCUCCUGUUCACAGCCCACAUGCCCUCUUCACUCCUCAGACUUACCAGUGCCACCAUCUUUGGGAGCCUGGUGCAGAGAAGCACAUGCCCCCUCCUGGGUCACGUCACCACGCAGACCAUCCCUGUCCUCAGCCCCAGCAUGCCCUCUGUCCUGUGACCGCGCCACUAUCCAGGCACAUGACCAUCACCAUCCACAUGCCCCCAACCACUGAACCACACAGCCAGCCCACACAUGACACUGUCCAGGCUCCCGACUAUCUUCCUACGGAGACACACCACUCCCGUGGAGGCGCGGCCCCAGCCUCCUCUGCACCUUCCGCUCUCAAGGACCAUCCUUUCCAAGCACCCUGAUCCCCAAAUUCUCCCAAAUAGGAGCACACCCCCAGUGUGCACAAGCCUGGGAGCCUAGUAAACUUAGACACAGGAGGACCCUCAGAACAGAGGUGCACCCUCCCACUCCUGCUUAUGUAACCAUGUCGGAAGCCUCCUCUGCUCCCCGCCAACACACACACUGACCCACCGCCCCUACUCUGCGUCAGAGUCCCGAUUCGACCCGGUAAAAGGGGCUAGACGACCAAGGUGGGGGCCAGCUUCCAACUUCCCGUGUCAGGGAAGAGGCCAGGUCUGACGUGCCUGUGGCUUGAAGGUCCCUGUUUUGCAAUAAAAGUUCAUUUCUGGCCCCUGAUCUGGCCCGUGGCAGGGCCUA